AUGAGCAAAUCUCUAGAAGACAGUGAGCAUCUAGAGGUCUCUCCAGCAUGCCAUCCAUUAGCCGUUGGAAAUCCAGGUGACGCACGACCAUCCCCCGAACAAAUUUCGACUGUUGUCUCCAUCCUGAUAGAAGCUGGCAUCUGCUGUUGUUUCGUUGAAGAGUAUGCUCUUAUUUACUUUGGUGCUUCGCGUUUGCCCAAUGACCGAGUGUUGUGUAUUCCCGAUGAGCAUCAUGAACAUGCUGUCAGGCUUUUCAAGUCACAUAGUGACAUCCUGGAGCCUUGUGGGCCACUUCCACUGAGAGCGCCAGGUUCACUCAACCACAAAUACCCUCGAUUCAAAGCCAUUGGAAGGACCGACUUCUGGCUGCUGUUGCCGGCAAGCUACUGUCACAUUGUCUGCAUUCCUGAAAACUUAGAGUGGAGCAAAGGAAUGGAAAUCGAAAGAACUGUUCUACAGCUUAACGGUGUGCAUUUCUCUUGUCUAUCUGCCUAUGCCAAUGAUAAAUAA